AUAUCCGCUCGGGGCGCUAGGGGGCAGUGUGUGCACUCGGUGUGUAUAUGACCGUUUGUGAAUCUGCGAAGAAUAAGAACAUCUUGUCCUGUUUCCUGUUACUGACGCUUUAGCGGCAGCUAGAGCUUUUUUUCAUGUACAAUGGACGGUGAUCAGGGUGGUGCUGAAGAUGAACCUCCAUCACUGCUGUGGGGACUGGACCCUGUGUUUUCUGCCUACGCCAGGCUUUAUGUUAAAGACAUCCUACAAAUGAGAGAAUCUCGACAAGUUCCAGGAAUUUACUUCUAUAAAAGUCACCCGCUGUUCCAGGUGGAUGUACUGGGCACUGUGGUGUACAGACGGGAGAGAGAUGACUUUUACUGCUAUGGAGUGGAUGACAGUACCGGAGUCAUCAACUGCCUGUGCUGGAAAGAUGAGAAAUGGCGAGAUCAUGGAGGCUUGGCAAAGGAUGCAGCUAGAGGUCCUGCUGGAGGUGGCUUUAAUGUAGAGGAGCAGUUGAGGAAGCUCCGGGAGGCACAGAGGAGCAGCUCAGUGCUGGAGAUUGGAGAUCUGCUCCAAGUACGCGGUUCCCUUAAAACCUCACGUGAACAGAGAGAGAUCAUGGCCUCCUCAUUUUAUAAAGUGAAUGAUCCUGUGAUGAGUGUGCAGAUCUCCCGCAUGUUGGAGAUGCCUCAGCUCUACAGAGACUGCUAUGACAAACCAUUCUUUAUCCCAUCCAGUGAGCUUAGUGCAAGCUCCACUGAUAAUGGAAGACCCUCAAGUUUCCAGUCUGUACUGAGUCAGUCAGUUCACAUCUUGAAGGAGUUCCUAAAAGAGAAGGAGGUGACCAGGUUUCGACCUUAUGAUGUCGAGUAUCUUUUACACCCAUUGAUCCAACAGCCUGGUUCAAACACGUCAGCGGAACAGGAGCCUGGUUCUGUUCGGUCGAUGAUCCCUGCACAGAUCAGGAACCUCCUCAAAGAGACCCUGAAAAUUCUGCAAGUGGAGGGAGAGAUAUUCCGCAAAGUCCUGUCUCAGGAUGAGGUGUACAAUGUAACUGAACAUGACAAAGAUCUGCUUGCGGCGAUUUGUGACAUCUUGAGAGAGGAUUGCAAAAGAGAGAAAUAUGCUGAAAAGGGUUGCCAUGUGCUGCACAUCUUGUCCAGCGUGAGGCAGCGUUACAGCCGUAAUCUGAGCAGAGAAGCACUGGAUGUGGCGCUGAAGUUCUUAGAGUGUAACAGUGACAUCAUCAGUACAACAGAUGCCCAUUACACUGUUUUAUAAUCAUGGGGUUUAAAAUGUUCUGGGAAACUUACACACCCCAAAUCUUUAUUAUGUCUAAGCAAAGAACAUUCAAGGCUAGAGUUUCUUAAAGUGCCUGACUGAGUCCUCAUGGGGCUGUGCAGAAAUUGCUGUCAAUAUGCCUUUGCCAAAUAUCUCAAAACUAUUUUUGAUAUGCUGUUGACAAAUUUCAUAAUUAUCAUUUGCUUGCAAAUUGAUUUUGGUAUUAAUCUGUCCAAAAUAGGCCUGUUUUACAGACAACUUUUACAGAUAGCAAUCAAUUUACAUGCUGUUUUAGCUCAGUGAUUUUCUAAACUGGGGUAUGAAAGAUGUUAUACGAUCAUGCUCGAUUUCUGCUUUUUAAUACAACGUUAAUUCAAUGAUCGCACAAGCCCCAGAGUCAUACAUCUAUAUUGCUCUAUAUUGCUCUAUAGAUGUAUGACUCUGGGGCUUGUAUGAUCAUGGGGCUUUGCUUAGGGUUCCACUUAAUUAAUUUUAUUAUUAAUAAGGUUAAAUAAAUUGACAGACCUACUGCUUGAAGCAACUUUUCAGGGUAUCAGCGUUCUCUAUAUGGCAGACUUGCCUAGCAUUAUAAUAAAGAAAGGAUAUAUUUUUCGAAUUGAAAAAGAUAUUUGGGGAAAAAAAGAAACCAACAAAAAACCACCAAAGUUGUUUUGCAUUAUAUUGUUAUUUAAAAAAUUUAGCCAUCUAGGUCUGACAUGUGCUUUUAAAAAGGUAACACAGAGAUGAAAUUAGUCAUGUGAUCAUAGUUCAAUACUUUUUUUUUCCCUUUUUUACACUUUAAAGAAUUGCCUUUUUUUCUUACACUUUAAAGAAUUAAAGGAAUAGCAUUUUCCAAG